UUUAUCUCAUCUCUUUUCUUCUCUGAACUUUUUGUCAAGCCCGUUGUUCUUGAGUUGUCGACUUGUGCCUUCGACUUAGCAGCUGGAACACCGACGUCAUCGCUUCCCCGCAUACGAGCCACAGACGAAGUAACAGACACACAUUUGAUCGCAAUGUCAUCCCUCCAUGACCCCAGACUCCUCUACAGCGUCAAUAACAUCCUUGCCUUCCAUAUCCAGAAUGGCGAAGAAACGGAACUCACUCCAUCCGGACCCCAGACCCUCUCUCUACUGAUGGUUCCCACUACCGCUUCGACUACUCAGACCGGUGGCACAGAGGGGCCAGUAGAGGAGGACUUUUAUCUUCACUUACACCUCCCACCUGAGUUGGACCUUGCACUUCCUGCAACAACGCAGAUUUACCACCAGCCGCCGAAUAGCUAUGUGAUUCCUCGUUGGGAUCUAGGACCCGAUGCGGGUGCGUUCAUUCGCAUUCAAUUCCCCGGAAUUGGGACCGGCCCCGAUAAGGUGACGCAGGAAGAUAUCGACACCUUCGAAUCAAUUCUGGCACAAUGUACAGCAUUCCACGAGCGAGCGCCUCCACCGAAGGAGCACGCUCCGUACAACCCGGCCAGCUAUGCUCCCGGAGAAGGCUACGUCUCCUCCGGACAAGCUACCUCUAGUGAUGCACAUGGAAAGAUUGUUUUGGUUGACGAGGAGAAUGGCAGUGUUGUAGGGGAGAUGGAAGGAUACCAAGUAGUGGAGCAACCUGGUGUGAAGCCAGGCUCCAAGAGACCGGUGGAAAUUCAGCUCCCUGCCGAGGGAGAGGGAAACAAAAUCAGCGUCGGUAAUGUGUCGGAAGAAUACUUGCAGAUGGCUCGUCACCCGGCAUAUAAGAACUCGACCCUUGUCCAGAAGUCUGCCAUGGCAUCCCGCUUGAUCGUGACAGGAUCAUCGUACAUUGGCAACGUCCUAACCAGUGGAGCUGAAAGCUUUACGAAGAAGACAAAACCCAAUCCCAAGCCAAUGACGUUUUCUGACACCACCCACGCACGAUUUCGAAAGAUUGGCACCCUCUCUCAUGGCGCGGCAGAUCUCUCCGCCAAAACCGUGGGUCAAGUUGGUAAAGUGGCACAGAGUUUUGGUGCCUCUCUGACCCGACGAGAGGGUAAACAGAAGGGUGUUGAUAAGUACGGAAAUGGCAGUGAUUACAAGCCGGGGAUCUUGAACAAGUCCUUGAUCGCCUUCUCAACUCUGGCGGAUGGUAUCGAGCAGGGUGCGCGCAAUGUGCUGACAUCUGGCUCUGUCGCGGCCAGCGCAAUGAUUGCACAUCGCUAUGGAGCGGAAGCCGGUGCCGUGGCGAGCAAUGUCACUGGCGGUAUCAAGAACGUCGGCCUGGUGUACAUUGACGCGUCCGGUGUGAGCCGCAAGGCUGUUCUCAAAUCCGUCGCGAAAGGAAUGGUCGUUGGACGCAUGCGCGAUGGUAAACAAGUUGUCGUUGGUACAGGUGAUGGAGGCGAGGUGCCUCCCAGUGUAGGUGGCCCCAGCCAAUCUAUGCUUGGCGGACGAGACCCCGUCGCACGACGUCCGUCUCCCAGCCCUACACCACCUCCCGCUUAUGGGGCUUCGGGUACCGUUUCGUUAGGCGGAACGGCUAUGUCAGGAGGGAAGCGCUAGAAGUUGUUUGAAGCGUGCAUCUUCGUCUUCCUCGUCUGAUUUUGUAUAUCCUUUUGUCCGAACACUGGAUGAUCGGCACGAUGGCAUACAUUUUGUUUGGUAUGUACAAGGGUUUGGAUCUAGGUUUGCCAAUUAAGGCUAUGACUUUUAUGAUAGAACUUUUAUGAACCCGAGAACCGAUCGGUUUACAUGGUUUCUUAAUACUUGUCAGCAAUAGCAUAGUGACUGAAUUAGGAAUGUUGAAUAUCACCGCGCAAGGACCGGUUCUGUUUUC